AUGCCACCACGGAAACGCGCGCGCGAGCCGGCGCUGUGCCAGACGCCGCUCGCGCCGUUUCUCGCCGAGGGGUCAUCGCCAAGCAAGCGCGUCGCACGGAGCGAGGAUGCGGAGCUCGAGGCGGCGCUGGCCGCGAGCUUGGAAGAGGCCGAGCGGCACGUUCCCUGCCCGUUGUGUGGAGUGGCGUUCCCUGCGGAGGCGAUUCAGCGCCAUGCAAGCGCGUGUGCAGAUGCAGUAGAGGACACGGGGGAUGCAAGCGUGGCGUUUGAGGUGGCCGAGGCUAUGGGCGGCCGCCGCGAGCUGUUUCUGGGCAUAGACGAGGCGAGCGACGGCGAUGUGGACAAGGCCGAGGCCGAGCCGUGCGAGGAGCGAAGCAACGAGCCAAGCGAGGAGCAGCACGAGCCCAAGGCGACCAUAAAGGCCGAGGACGGAGACAUAUACAGCGCCGUCGAUACGGAUACCAAAGUGAUCCAAGCACGCCUAUCAAGCGCAGACGUAAAAGACAUUCGUGCGGCCGAGCUUGCGCCUGGUCCUUGGAACGCGCCGCGCGCAAAAGCAGGGAAGAAGCGUUCUGUCCCAUUUUACAAGGUCCUCGAAGGCAUGCCAAUCUCGGUCGACGCCUUUUCGUUUGGGUCGAUCGCGGGGUGCACUGCCUAUGUCCUCACGCAUUUUCACUCGGACCACUACGGCGGCCUUUCUGGGCGCUGGGAGCACGGUCCCAUAUAUUGUUCGGCCAUUACUGCGCGCCUGGUGCGCUGCAAGCUGCAUGUGGACGAAAAGUGGCUGCGUCCGCUGCCUAUGGAUACCCCCACGCUCCUGCCGGAUACCGGCGGCGUGCACGUAACGUGUAUCGACGCGAAUCACUGCCCUGGCGCAUGUAUCAUGCUUUUUGAAGGGAAGCAGACCGCGCACAUUCUCCCCGGGCCCCGCCGCUCGAUGCACAUCGGCUCUGCCCGCAUCUUUCGAUACCUGCACUGUGGCGACUUUCGCGCCUGCCCUGCGCAGGUGCAGCACAAGGCGCUGGAUCGGCCAGUGGACAUCGUGUACCUCGAUACGACGUACCUCAAUCCACGCUACUGCUUUCCCGCACAGCCGCAGGUGAUCGAGGCGUGCACUGCGCUCGUCACGUCGCUCGCCCUGGGCCAGGCGCCGCAGGCUCGUCAGACGACGCUGCCGUGGAACGCCCCGCGCCUCUCGCUCAUGGCGCAGUGGCUGGGCCGUAGCGACCACGCUCCCCAACCCGGCCAGUGCGCCGUGCUGGUUGUGGUCGGCACCUACUCGAUCGGCAAGGAAAACUUGGUCGUCGCACUCGCCCGUGCGCUGCGCACCUCGAUAUACUGCGUCGACGCACGCAAGUAUGAAACGUAUGCGCAGCUGCAGGACGCGUCGCUCGACGCUCUCCUGACGCGCGAUCCCCUCUGCGCGCGUGUCCACGUCACCAACCUCUUUUCCCUCUCGCCUGCUGCGCUGCGGGGAUGGUCGGACUCGCUACGCACGAAAGGCAUGUCCAUAUCGCAUACCCUCGCCUUUCGUCCGACCGGGUGGGCAUACCGCGGAAGCGACCGCGGCGUCAUUCCCGAUACCCCCCUCGAGAAGCUGCUUCCGUUGGUCGUCCCCCGCCCGUUUGGCAUUGAUGCGCUGGUGCCGACGCGCGACAGCACGUCCGAGACGCAAGUGUACAGCGUCCCCUACUCGGAGCACUCGAGUUUCUACGAGCUCCUUGCCUUUUUAGUCUCACUGCCGCACCACCGCGUCAUUCCGACGGUGAAUGUAGGCAGCGAGGCAUCGCGCAACAAGAUGCGGCGCUGGACGGAUGUCUGGACGCGCGCCGCACAAAGGCACGCCGAGCACCCCCUGGUAGAAGCACGCUCCGAUUUGUACUGGUAG